UCCCGGGCCCGGGUCAAGGGUCAGGAGGAGGAGGCGCGCCCAAGAUGGCGGCCUCCAUGUGCGACGUGUUCUCCUUCUGCAUGGGCGUGGCGGGCCGGGCCCGGGUCUCCGUGGAAGUACGCUUCGUGAGCAGCUCCAAGGGAAAGGGGCUUUUUGCCACACAGCUGAUCCGGAAGGGGGAGACCAUCUUUGUAGAACGGCCCCUGGUGGCUGCACAGUUUCUCUGGAAUGCACUUUAUCGCUACCGAGCCUGUGACCACUGCCUGCGGGCACUGGAGAAGGCAGAGGAGAAUGCCCGGAGGCUGACGGGGAGACCCGGCCAGGUGCUGCCUCACCCUGAGCUGUGCACUGUGCGCAAGGACCUCCACCAGAACUGUCCCCACUGCCAGGUGAUGUACUGCAGUGCAGAAUGUCGGCUGGCAGCUGCUGAGCAAUACCAUCGGGUCCUGUGCCCAGGCCCCUCCCAGGAUGACCCCCUGCAUCCUCUCAAUAAGCUGCAGGAGGCAUGGAGGAGUGUUCACUACCCCCCUGAGACUGCUAGCAUCAUGCUGAUGGCCCGGAUGGUGGCCACAGUGAAGCAGGCUAAAGAUAAGGAUCGCUGGAUCAGGCUCUUCUCCCAGUUCUGUAAUAAAACAGCCAAUGAGGAGGAAGAAAUUGUCCACAAACUCUUGGGGGACAAAUUCAAGGGCCAACUGGAACUUCUGCGGAGACUCUUCACAGAGGCCCUUUAUGAGGAAGCACUCAGCCAGUGGUUCACUCCAGAUGGAUUCCGGUCUCUCUUUGCUCUUGUUGGGACCAAUGGCCAAGGAAUUGGGACCAGCUCCCUGAGCCAGUGGGUCCAUGCCUGUGACGCUCUGGAGCUGAAGCCACAGGACCGCGAGGAGCUGGAUGCUUUCAUUGACCAGCUGUACAAGGACAUCGAGGCAGCAACUGGCGAGUUCCUUAACUGUGAAGGAUCAGGCCUCUUUGUGCUUCAGAGCUGCUGCAACCACAGCUGUGUCCCCAAUGCAGAGACCUCCUUCCCAGAAAACAACUUCCUUUUGCAUGUCACCGCCCUGGAGGAUAUUAAGCCAGGAGAGGAAAUCUGUAUCAGCUACUUAGACUGCUGCCAGCGGGAGCGCAGCCGCCACAGCCGCCACAAGAUCCUCAGGGAGAACUAUCUGUUUGUCUGUUCCUGCCCCAAAUGCCUGGCAGAAGCUGAUGAACCCAACGUGACCUCAGAGGAGGAGGAUGAAGAGGAGGAAGAAGGAGAGGCAGAAGAUGCAGAGCUGGGGGACGAGAUGACCGAUGUGUGAUGUCACCAUGCCUGGAAGGGGCCGUACCCCAGACUCUGCCAGAAAAUGGG